AUGAGUCCUGGCCAGCUCCGCCCCUUCGGCAAAUUCGAGCGUCUGUCGGCACGCGCCCCAUGGGCGAUUUUCCCCCGUAAGAAGCUCGAUGUGACAUACAGCGACAUCGCCGCAGGUCUUGCUGCGUGUUUGCAGCUGAGCGAGUCGCAGCGGUCUGAGCUAGAGCUACAGAUUUCGCACUUAUGGGACCCUCGCGGUCAUAUAUUACUUCCGCUUUCGAUUCGCACGGGCUUCGAUCUGCUCUUGCAAACGCUGCGACUUCCAGCUGGAAGUGAAGUGCUAUGCAGUGCAAUUACAAUUCCGGACAUGAUGCAUGUGCUGCGGCACCAUAACCUUGUCCCUGUUCCUGUGGACGCGGAUUUCGAGACGUUGGCAAUGGACGUGGAUGUGCUCAAGCGUGCGAUUACAAAGAACACGAAAAUGCUGUUGGUUGCUCAUAUUUUCGGCACGCGCUUCCCGUUGGACACAGUGCUUGAAGUUGCGCGUAGUCACAGUCUAGUGGUUGUGGAAGAUUGUGCGCAAGCGUUCGUGGGGUCGCAGUACACGGGCGAUGACCGUGCAGACGUGUCUAUGUUCAGUUUCGGCACAAUCAAGACAGCAACGUCGUUUGGUGGCGCCAUCAUCCGCGUGAAGAAUCCUGUCGUGCUGAACGAGAUGCGUCGUCGGGAGAGAAGAUAUCCAUGCCACACAAACCUUUUUUUCUUCAAGAAAUUGGUGAAAUACGGCGUAUUGCAUGGCAUCUCCACUCCUGCUUUAUACGGUCUAUUCCUUCACGCUUGCCGCGCAGCUGGAGCGGAUCAUGAUAAGAUCAUCACGUCAGCAGUUCGCGGCUUUAGUGGCGGAGAGCUGAUGACCCUUAUCCAGUACCGUCCGCCAAUGGCCUUGCUGGGACUAAUGCACCGCCGUCUUAUUUGCAUGGACGACGAGUAUGUUUUACUGAGAAAAUCGAAAAGCGAGCAACUGGCUAAAGCUAUCACGAACCUCCCUAACGUGUCUAUUCCUGGUUACAAAGCUGAGAAGCAUUUUUACUGGUUGUUUCCUGUUUGUGUUCCGUCCCCUAGAGACGUCGUCAGAUACAUGAACAAGCAUGGAUUUGACGUCACUUCUGGUGCAACGCAGCUGGCUUAUGUGCCAAGUCCUCUUGGACAAGAUCACGACCCUGUGCACGCGAAGAGAAUCAUGACCAGUUUGGUGUACCUUCCAGUCACGCCUGAAACACCUGGAUGGGCCAUUGAGAAGAUGGCGUGCUGUCUCCGUGACGCCCUUCAUUCGUCUAGUAGACUUUAG